AUGGCUCAACGCUUCCAGACUGCUGCACUGCUCAGUCGAUUAGCGAAGCCCGGCCGUUGCGCAAGUCUGAGCAGGACGUACGUCACAGGCGUUCAAUAUGGUGGGCAUGGCUGGGCAAGGAGGCCUCGAUUGCGAACCGCCACAGCUAUUGCUGAAGCUGACCCUGGCAGUGGCCUUGGGCUGCGAGAUCUGAGCACCACUGCGAAGACCUCCCGGGAUAGCGACGGAGGACAAGAUGCCGCGUCUGAUAUGCCCGAAGAUGGAGACCAGGAGCACGCCAUCAUCUCUGCCUUCGAUCUUUUCUCUGUGGGCAUUGGUCCAUCCUCGUCUCAUACGGUCGGUCCGAUGCGUGCCGGCAACAUCUUUGUCACAGAUCUGGUUGAAGCCGGUCUGUUGCACAAGGUCCAUCGAAUUCGCAUAUCCAUCUACGGCAGCUUGGCACUCACCGGUGAAGGCCAUAUGACGCCCAGUGCCCUGCUUCUUGGCCUCGAGGGAGCCGACAUAGAAUCGGUAGACACAGCCUACGUCCCCAAACGCUACGUUGAGAUCAAGGAAAGCAAGAAACUACGUCUUGGCGGAGGAUCGAGCGAAGCCCGCGAGAUCGACUUCGACUAUGGUCGUGAUUUUGUUUGGGAAUGGAGCCGCAAACUACCGACACACAGCAACGGCAUGCGAUUUAGAGUGUUUGACGAGAGUGGGGACAUGAUUGCCACGAACGAUCUCUUCAGCGUCGGCGGAGGCUUCGUCAUCAAUGGACGCAUGGCAACUGCAUCUUCCGGUAUUCUGCCAGAGAUAGAACCCGCUGCGGAAGGAGCCAACGGCGAGAGCCAGAUCGAUCGAGCAGAAGAACCCAACUCUUCAGAGGCUAAACCUGCCGCUCUUUCGGAAAACCUGUACUACAAGGAGAUCAAGCGGUCCGAUGCGGCAGAGGAACGCAGAUCAGGCUUGGAUUACGACUCGUACCGAGCAGCGACAUCCGACCAAGUACAGCAGCCAAUGCUACCCGAGAAAAUGUCAGAGAAUUUAGAAGUCGAUCAGCAAGGCCCACCCAGCAGUGAAACCCGACACACACCCUACCCCUUUCGUACCGGCAAUGACCUUUUGGCGAUCUGCAAGAAGCACAAUCUCACCAUUGCCCAAGUGAUGUUCGAGAACGAAAAGGGGCUCGGGCUACAAGAGCACGAAAUCUUCGACAAGCUCUUUCAUCUCUGGGAUGUCAUGGAUAACUGUAUCCGAGAAGGGGUUCAAGCGCCCUCACAUGCAGCGUUACCUGGAUCACUAAAGCUGCGGCGAAGAGCACCGGCUUUAUAUCAGCAGCUUACCCGCGGACUCUAUCCAGAGCACGCCCAAGUACAGCCGGCGGCAACCUGGCCACAGUUGCAGAAACCUGCGUCUUCUGCGGCGCAGGAUGCGCUGGCAAUAGAAGGGAAGGAAGCAGCUGUGAGCCAAGCUCCAGUAUCAGGACGUGGACUGUCCAAGCAACGGCGUCGAGCGCCACCUCGAAUGCACGGAUCCCCUCACCACCCUAUAUCAGUCUCCCCUCCACGCAGUGCCACGCUGGCCGCAAUGGAUUACCUCACGGUCUAUGCUAUAGCGGUGAAUGAAACCAACGCAGCUGGCGGCCGCGUUGUAACCGCACCAACAAACGGAGCCGCGGGCAUCAUCCCAGCAGUGCUGAAAUACGUCGUCGAGUUCGUUAGCGAUGAUCCAGAACGAGACAUUCCAAUCUUCCUCCUAACAGCCGCGGCUAUAGCCUCUCUAUUCAAACGCGGCGCCACCAUUUCUGCGGCUGAAGGUGGCUGUAUGGCCGAAGUAGGCGUGGCUUGCUCUAUGGCAGCCGGUGCAUACGCUGCUUGUAUGGGUGCAGGGCCCGAGACAAUCGAACAGGCCGCUGAGAUCGGAAUCGAGCACAAUCUGGGUCUGACUUGCGAUCCCAUUGCUGGACUGGUCCAAGCACCGUGUAUUGAACGCAACGCAUUGGGAGCGAUCAAGGCCGUCUCGAGCGCCAAUCUUGCACUGAAUUCCGUGGCUGGGCUGCAGAAGGUCUCGCUUGACGAUGCCAUCGGCGCGAUGCGUCUCACAGCUAAAGGCAUGAAAGACGAGUUCAAAGAGACCAGUCUUAGUGGACUGGCUACAAGCGUUCCGUACAACAUCCCCGUCAGCGUUCCGGAUUGCUGA